UGCCGGGGCAUUAUAUUAUAGCGGGACGAGCCUUGUCUCCGGAGACAGAUCUGCGCUCUGCUGCUCCACACGAGGCUCCGGGCGUCGAGCCGCGCUCCACACCGCUCACCGAGACGCGUCUGCCGCCGGGACCUGCGACACCUGCUCCGCUGCUCGGCUCGCACUCCGUCAGGGGAGAGAAGAAGCCACUGCCGGGGGAAGAUCGUCCGAUGGAAAAUGAAACUUGAAGUUUUCUCUGCGCACCACUUUGCGCAGAAGCCGCUGGAGUUGUGUAUGGACGCAGAGGGGGGGGUCCCGUCUCCACUGUCCGGGGACGAGCUGGGGUCGGACGGGGACUGCGUGGCCAACAGCCCGGCACCUGUCGCGCAGGGCGGCGGCGGCGGCGGCGACGGCAGCAAGGGGAAGCCGUACACGCGCAGACCCAAGCCCCCGUACUCCUACAUCGCCCUCAUCGCCAUGGCCAUCCGGGAGUCCGGCAGCGGCCGCCUCACGCUGGCGGAGAUCAACGACUACCUGAUGAAGAAGUUCCCGUUCUUCCGCGGCAGCUACACCGGCUGGAGGAACUCGGUGCGCCACAACCUGUCGCUCAACGACUGCUUCCUCAAAGUGCUGCGGGACCCGUCCCGGCCCUGGGGCAAGGACAACUACUGGAUGCUCAACCCGCACAGCGAGUACACCUUCGCCGACGGCGUGUUCCGCCGCAGGAGGAAGCGCAUCACCAAGAGGUCCGCCAAGGAGCAAGGGAGCCCGGACGUCCUGAGCGAGGACACCCGGCUCCCCGCGCCGGAGGAGAGGGUGAUGGGCGCCAAGUUCUCCAGCUCCUUCGCCAUCGACAGCAUCCUCAGCACGCCUUUCCGACGCAGGGAGGACGCAGACGCACACGCACACGCACACGCCCCCCGGCUCUACUGGGGGCCCGCGGGGCCCCACGUGCUGCCGUAUCCGCUGAACUAUCCCGCACAACACGUGUACCUGUCAGAGGCGGCGUGCGGCGGCACGGAGCCCCUCGUCGUCGGCGCCGGGGACGCGUUCACGUACCUCCGGCACCCAGCAGCGCCGGGCCCGAGCGGACCCGAGGCCGCGUUCAAGGUGCCCAACAGGGCGCGAUGUUUCCAUAUAGACUCCCUGCUGUCGUGAAGCGGCCGGACUCGUGUCACGACUCGCGUGGUUUGGUUUGGUUUGGUUUUUCUCCCAACCAUGAUUGUGCACUUUUACGGGGGCGCGCUUCGCUUUUAGCUGUUUUGUGGGACUGUGUCCGUCUCGUCAUGACUACUGUCAGUCAGUGUUGUGUGUGUGUGUGUGUGUGUGUGUGUGUGUGCGCGCGUGUGCUCAUUUCUACUGUAUACGACGGCAGCCAAGCACCAUGUUGAAACUAUCAAUCUAUUUAUAUUUUCAUGUUUUGUAUGACCUGCUGUGUAAAAAAAAUAUUGUUGUGUACAUAUAUAUAUAUAUACAUA